AUGAAGUUUCAACAAUGGAAUGCCGCUUUUACUAGCUGUGUAGAUAAAACGUCAUUGAGUCCACAGUUUAAAAUGCUUAGACUAGAGUUAGGCGAUACAGUUAGGGGACUUGGAUACUCGCAAGAAGCUUACAAUGCUGCAAGAGCUAGAUUAGAGAGAACGUAUGGUGGCAGUCGGAGACAGGUUCAGAGUCAUUUAGAAGAAUUAAAAAAGUUGAAACCAUUACAAGAAGAAAAUGCCAAAGAAUUGGAGAUGUUAAAGAGAAUAGUUGACAAGCGGAUCUUGAAGCGCGAACUUUAUACACCAUUGUUCUUGAGAAGUUCCCGGAGGAGAAAUUACUCUCCCAAUACUACAGAUGGCUAAGAGAGAAACAAAAGGAAGAAUCCAUGGAGACAUUAAAGGAUUGGAUUUCCCAAGAAGCUGAGAACCAAAUUCAGGCCUCAGAAAUCAAGCAUGGGUUUCCGAAGAUACGGGCAGAAAGAGUCGAUGGAAACGGAAGUAGUUCCAGUCGAGGCGGACGGACCUUCUAUGGAAAACCAGUUGAUGGAGGUGAUAAAAGAGUCAAGAAGUGCCAAGUUUGCACAGAGAUACACCCUAUUUGGAAGUGUACAAAAUAUCGAGAUCAGUCAAUAGAAGACAAGUGGAAUAUGGUAAAGAAGUUAGGUUUGUGCUACCGUUGCCUUGGUGACAAUCACUUAGGAAAUGCCUGCAAAUAG